AUGGAUAGAGAGAGCUUUCCUCGGUCUCUGAAAGGGAAGAAGGUGCUGUUGACCACCGAAUCGCUUGGUCCUGUCAACGGAGUCAGCCGAACAACAGGCAGUCUGAUCGACUAUCUUCGUCGCAAUGAGGUCGACCUGAUCGUGGUGGCGCCUCAAUUCGCAGGUGCCCAACAGGCCGAGCAACCAGUGGCGAAUUCGCGACUGCCAGGUUAUCCUCUCCCGUACAACCCAGAUCUGACGCUGGUGUACCCGUUCCGUCUGAAAGAUGUCUACAAGGAGCCCGUCCAGCCGGAUAUUGUCUAUGUGGCGAGUCCGGCGUCCUUGGGUUUCCAGUUACUACUCUACCUGCGGCAGCUCCGAAAACCACCCGUUGUGCUGCUGAACUUCCAAACCGACCUGUCAGCAUACAGUGAGAUCAUCCUCCCGACUCCCUUGAGUCGGUGGUCUGUUUGGUUGCUGGCAGUGGUGCAAGGCUUCCUUUUUAGCAAUCCCGCUGUGCAUACCAUCUUCUACCCAUCAUCAUACAUCUUAGACUAUCUGAAGAUGGCGGGCGCGCCUGUCACACGAGCCGUCAAAUUGGGACGAGGCGUCGAUACCAUCUUGUUCAAUCCCUCUCGUCGCGACGAGGCGUAUCGGAAAGAGAUUGCACCUAAUGGAGAAAUCAUCCUGGUCUGCGUGUGCCGGUUAGCCCCAGAGAAAGGAUUCGAGUUCCUGGCCGUGGCAGCAGCCAAACUCGCGGAAGAGAAGCUACCGUUCAAGCUUUUGAUUGUCGGAGGAAACCGCAAUCCGGAGGUCGAAACGAAAAUCCACCGUCUCUUUGAUCAUGUCAGAGAUCAUGUAGUUUUCACAGGCUUCUUGACCGGAGAACCACUGGCUCGUGCAUAUGCUUCGGCAGACCUUUUCCUGCACUGCUCUAUCACCGAGACUUUCGGGUUGGUGGUGCUCGAGGCAAUGGCCAGCGGGUUGCCUGUUAUCGCACGAAACCAAGGUGGACCGUCGGACAUUGUACGCCAUCAAGAGACGGGAUACUUGGUCCCUCCAAACGACAUGGAGACGUUUGUUGCUCUUGUGCGGCAGAUAUCGCGCGAUUCUCAGCUUCUGUCGUCCCUGGCUGUGGCUGCCCGGGCUUAUGCAGAGGAUACGACGUGGGAGAAAAUUAACCGCAGGGUCGCCUGGCAGAUGGCGGAUGCGGUUGAAGCAAGAGAGCAGACAAAACGAGUUCAACUGGAAGGCCAGGGUAGAUGGUGUGCUGCUUACGAAAAAGCCAAAGACAGAACCAUUCUGGCACUGGUUCAGAGAAUCCGACUUAUUGCUGCUUUCGGGCUUGUGUGCUUUAUGUGGAUGAUCUCGGUCGUCCCGUUGAUCAUUCACGGGAGCCGUAUCAUUCCAAGGGGUCUGGCACAUAUCCGCGGCCUGGCCAGUUUGCGUAAAUGA